AUGCGCGUAACAUAUGCUGUCAAAGACGCAAUACGUCGGUUACGUCUGUGUUUGCAGACUGAGAUUAGAUGACAAAACAACUGCUCCUGAAUAUCCUAAUUUAACGCUCGUUUACUCUUUUUUCCGUUGAAUCCGUUCAAAAUGUUUGUUUUCAGAACUGCAUAAUUUCAAUUGAAUAAUUUUUCCUGAAACCAAGGCAUUCACUCGGAAGCCACUCAGUUUUACCCGAUUUUCUUUAGUUUUUUGUUUUCUCUUAAAAGCGGUAAGUAUUUUGUGUUCAUUUUCAUAUUCCGAAAGCCUUUUUUUCAGAUUCCACUCAAUGUUGAUCGGAGUCCUGGAUUUCUCCGAAUUUUUCGGAACUUUUCAAAAAAUUUGCGCCUACUGCGUCAGAAAGGUGAGUCAAAAUCGAGAAAAAAAACAUACACUUCACAAAACGCCCAAAAAAAGUCGCGAAGAAUCGGCUUUCGGAAAAAAAAAUCGUUUGUAAUAAUAAUUUCAGUUCGUGACCUGCUCCAGUUCCUAUUCAGCACCUACGCAUCUCCGAAACGCGACAACAAAGGACGGAAGGCACGUGGAUGA